UCAAACAAUUGUGGCGCUUGCGUUAUGUGCGGUGUGUCCUCGUGGGGGACUUUUGUUGGUUGUAAGAUCUUUCUUUUAUAAAUAAUUAUAAGUGAUUAUAAGAAGAUGGCUAGCAUAUAUUUUUUUACUGAUAGUAUUCAAUCACUGGAACGAGUAAAGAGUGAGAAAACUAAAGUUGAUUUCACAGAUCUUACAAAACGUGUCUAUGAUUUUACUAAAGAGCAAUCUUGUAGAAAUACAAAUGCAUUGCCAGAAUUAGUUACGGAAGGUUUUGAUGAAGAACAAAUUUGGCAACAAUUGGAGCUGCAAAAUGAAGAGGAAAUAACGCAUUUAUCUAAUGAGAUCUCAAAAGUUUUAGACAGUAACAAGAAAUUAAUGAUUCCAGUGAGUUCCAUGAAACCUGAACUUAUGCAAAUUGAAAAUGAUAAUUUAGAGCAAGAGAAUGAAGAUAUAUCAGAUGACAAAGAAUCAGAGGGUGAAACUGAAAGAGUUCAAAGCAAUUUAAGAAAAAGGAAAUAUGAUAAAAAAAAGAAGAAAAAGUCCUCUGUUGUAGAUGACAAAUUUUUUAAAUUGCAAGAAUUGGAUGAAUACUUGACUAAGGAAGAAAAAAAAGAAAACCAAGAUGAAAAUAAUACUGAAUCUGAUGAUGAAUCCGUAGACUUAUUUAACAACUUUUCCGAGGAGGAGAAUGAAGUUAAUGCGGAAGGAAAAUAUAUAAAAUAUGCAGACUUCUUUGACAGCCCUGAGAGUGAGAAUGAACAACUUGAAAAUAAAAAUGCAAAUCGCGAUGAUAGUAUUAACGAUUCUGGAGAGGAAAGAUUGGAAAGCGAAGAUGAAGAAAUGGACGAUGAUGAAGAAGAUGAAGAAGAACACAAGAUUAAGAGAGUAAGAUUCAAUCUUACUAAUGAUUCAGACGAGACAGACAGUUUAGAGAAUAAAACAAAUCAUAAUAAGAAAGAUAAAGAGGAAGAAGAAAUAGAAAAAGAUAUAGGACAGAAAUCUACAUUAGAAGCUCGUCAAGACAGAUUAUUGAUGAGAAUUAAGGAACUAGAAGAAGAAGCGAUUGGUGAGAAACCUUGGCAAUUAAAAGGAGAAGUAAGUGGUCCAAAUCGACCGCAGAAUUCACUAUUGGAAGAAUUUGUGGAAAUUGAUGUAAAUAUAAGGCCAGCUCCUGCGAUUACUGAGGAAACUACUAUGAAGUUGGAAGACAUAAUCAAGCAGCGAAUCAAGGAUAAAGCUUGGGACGAUGUUGAAAAGAAGUUCAAGCCAGUUGAAACUCCGCUAGAAUAUAAGAAAAAGUUGAUAUUAGAUCAGGAGAAGAGCAAAGAAAGCUUGUCACAAAUUUAUGAGAAGGAAUAUUUGCAGCAAAAGCAAAAGCAAAUAGAUCCUGAAAAUAAUGAAAAAAAAGAAGAAGUAUCACAGUUGCAUAGUGAAAUUCGACAAAUGAUGCGUUUUUUAAUGUCAAAAUUGGAUGCAUUAUCUAAUUAUCAUUAUACUCCCAAGAUGGCUAAGCCUGAAAUUAAAAUUAUUAGCAAUGUGCCUGCAAUUAGAAUGGAAGAAGUGGCACCAAUCACUGCCAGUGAUGCUACUUUGUUAGCACCUGAAGAAAUUAAAACCAAACCACGUGGUGAUAUUAUUGCUAAGUCAGAAAGAACGAAAACCGAUAUGAAACGCGAAAGAAGGCGCAAGAAAUUGAAGCAACGAAUGCAACAGCAAGCAAUAGAAAAGAAAGAGAAACUAAAAGCACUAAAACCGGGAAUCUCUAAAAAAUAUGAGGAUAAAAAGGAAAGAGCUACGUUGCUUAAACAAAUAACUAAAGAUAGGAAUGUUACAAAAUUAGAUGAGACAAUGCAUAAAGUCGCAAAAUCUUCAACUGCAUUCUUUACGCAGUUACAAAAUCAAACUAAAAAUAAAGUCAAAAGGAAAGAUAGCUCCAAGAAAAAAAAUAACAUAAGUUCAGCUGUAAAAUUGAAAUUAUAA